UCCCUCCCCCUCGGUGGUUGCAACAUCAUAUCCAAAGCUCCGAGUCCACAACCGCAGUCGUCUUUUAUGCACCAGCGAGUGGAGAAUAGUGCGGGGCACCAGUUCGCCGUCCCCAUACCUUGUUCUUAUUACCCUGUAAAGUUUGGACUUAUCUUUAUCCAUUAUUCCUGGAGCUACUCGCUGCCUUGGAAUAAAGCCUGUGCGUAAACGUCGCGCGCAGCGGAGAGAUGAAAAUUGUAUCCUGAAACAACAUAUUGCUAAAUGCUGCUUUAGAGAGAAGUCGAGGCACCAGCCUACAUAUGGAGUCCAGGGUUCCCCACCACAUCCCCGGAGUGUCCUCCUCCCUCAUAUCUCAACCCCUGCUGGACAGUCGUGUGCCCUACGGUCGUCUUCAGCACCCUGUCACUAUUUACCCCAUCGACCAGAUAAAGUCAUCACACGUGGAGAACGAUUACAUUGACAGCCCUGCUGUUGUUUCUCAGCAGCCUCCCAGCCAGAAAUCUUUGAACCCAAGAAUCACCUGGCUAGGUCAGAAUCAAGAAGCCUUUCUUGGUGCAAACCACAACCAUCAUCACAAUCACCAACACCAACCUCCCCAGCAUAGUAGGUGCGAGCCCCACCUUCAUCAGGACACCACCACCCACCCUUGGAUUUCCUUCAGUGGAAGGCCCAGCUCUAUCAGCAGCAGCAGCAGUACCUCAUCUGACCAGAGGCUGCUGGAACACGCUGCGCCCACUCCAACAGUGGACCACCACCCUAAAUUGCACCCUCACCCCGGCCCCAUCAGUACAAUCACUACCCAAACUCCAGGCUGCUUCAGUUCCUCAGAAUCUAAGGUCCUCACUUCUUCCUCCUCUGCUUCGUCCUGCUCCUCCUCCUCUAAAUCCCUUGACCUCAAGUCCGCAAAGAUGCCUGUGGGAGGUGUAUGCUCCGUUGGAGGUCAGCAAGGGUUGGCAGUGAUUCCUUCCUCUCCGACCGAGAAGAAGCACCUCCUUCUUUGCGAGCACUGUGGGAAGUGCAGGUGCACAGAAUGCACACUUCCCCGAACCCUUCCUUCUUGCUGGGUCUGCAACCAGGAGUGCCUGUGCUCUGCUCAGAGCAUGGUAGAUACCGCCACCUGCAUGUGCCUGGUCAAAGGGAUCUUCUACCACUGCACCGAAGACGAGGAUGAUGAGGGCUCCUGUGCCGACAAGCCCUGCUCGUGCUCGCAGGCCAACUGUUGUGCACGCUGGUCCUUCAUGGCUGCCCUUUCUUUCGUCCUGCCUUGCCUGGUUUGCUAUCUACCAGCGAUGGGCCUAGCCAAACUGGGACAGAAAUGUUAUGACAAUAUUAGCAGGCCUGGCUGCCGCUGUAAAAACUCACAGAGCGGCGUGAGUGUCCCCGUGUGUAAAAGUGGAGCCACAGAAGCAAAAUCUGGCACUCUGGAGAAGCAGCAGCAGGGAUCAUGAUAGUGGACCAAACUGUGUGGUGGUGACCUUGCUAAAAAAAAAAAAAAGUGGACUGGACUAUACCAUACUUGUUUGCUCUCUAUGGAUUGGACAAUCCAACACCAACCCAUUAAACUAUCCCGUUAAACUGCUGGAAGAUGACUUAUGUAAAACAAAGGUACAAAGAUGUUUAAUAGGGUGUAUGAUCAAAAAUGGGCCUUAUAUGAGGGAGGUGGCAAGUAGGAAUAGCCAACAGGCCCUCUGAGAUGUUUUUGUUCUUCUUUGUAAGAGUGACAAAAGAACAAGAGACAAGCUUGUGGGACUGGUAUUUGUGUUUUGCGAAGAUGGCCGUAGGCACAAAGUCAUUGUACCUCUCUGCUGCUCAAUAUUUCUCAGCUAAUUUUGUAAUGCUUACUAAACAGAAGCUGGUUGCUGAUCCACAGAAUACAUAGAAAUUAUUGAUGGAUGGUUAAUAUCUAUACUUAGCCCCUACCCCCCACUCCCCACCCCAACCCAAAAGCACAGCCCAGCGUUAAACAUGAAAACAAGUGAUUAUCUAUAGCGUGGUUUCAAUGACAGGCCAUUGCAGGAGUGAAACUAACACUUUUAACUACUCACUCGCUCCAAGGUUAUCGUGGCCACCAAUCUUUUAGCGUUUCCCCUCUCUUACACCUGAAAGAUGCUACCUUGGUAUUGCUAACAUUUGAUCUCCAUUGAGUUUUUAUGUCCAGAGUGGAGCUGUAAAAACAAACCUUUCUAGACUUUAAAAUAAUAGCAAUUCCCCUUAACUCCCACCAUGUAUUGUGCAUAAGCAGUUGAGAUGAUCACCUUACAGUGUGUUUUCCACUACGAGGUGGUGAAGCCUAGACAUUCUCAAAUAUUUUGAAUGCUGUUCACCAGUCACCUUUGACAUAAUGCAUGUCAUGACUUGCAUGCUUUAGUCUAAUGGUUACCCACUGUACUAGAAGUCGAUUUGUAGUAGAGAAAUGUGUUUAAAGAAAAAAAAAAGUAAAGUACACUCAACCUUCUCAGGGACAGUUACAGUAAUCCUCUCUAGAACUUGGCCUACACGCAUGUUGAUUACUAAACUGCCUAAGAGCCUGGUCUACUUCCUCUUUGCACAAAAAAAA